UGCUAUAAUGUAGAUUUUGAGAGAUUUUUGAGAUUUAGUUCUGGUGUAAUCAUAUGUUAUUCACAGCUGAAAAGGGAGUUUUCCCGUUUUAUACCUCAGUUUUAAAGACCUUUAUUGACCCAAGACCCUCUUCUGGAGUCAGUCGCUCUUGCAUCCUCUAGUAAAAUAAAUUCAACUUUCCAAGUUGGCAAAGAUUGAGAAAGUCCAGAGCAGACAUACAUCUGAUCACCUGAAGCAUAAAAUCAGCCAAAGAUGCAGUUCUAGACAUGUUCAGAAGUUCUGGUGAAAAUAAGGGCUGCGUUCACAAUAGACUUUGGUUCCAGAAAAUUGUCGGGGAGCAUUCUACAAGCCAGAGCCAGAAUGCUGGAAAAUUCGGCACUCAUACAAGACCCUAGUAAUAAUACUGGGAUAAAUCAUGGAAAAUAUCAGUGUGAAAAGAGCCAGAGCCGAUUCUGUGUCGGGUGUGUGUUGCAGUGAUGAUCUUAGUUUUUGUGGAACUAUUUGACUGGAGGAAGAACAGUUAAAAAAUUGCAUAUUGACAAAGAUACAAGAAAAUAACAAUCGCUACAAACAAGAGUGAUAUCAAGAUCAGGUAUCUACUUCCUACCAAUGGAGGAGACAAAUGAACAAGCUGCUUAAUGACACCAUAAACAAUUGUAUUGUUUGCUGGGAGGAUAACAAAAUAAGAGCGGGACUUUUGAACACAUACGUUACAGGUCCGAUGGGAACGCUCUGGCCUUGUAGAUGAACAAAAUCACACUAUGCAAGAGCAGUUACCAGAAAAUAUACCCCUCCCCCGCCUGGAAUCUCUACGUAAAUGAGAUUCAGAACUUCUUGUCUCUGAUGUUAAAAUCAAAAUAAAAUUUGAGCAUUUUUUCUGCUGUAUUGCAAAAACUGAUUAUAACAUCUGGACUACAAAAUAAAAUACAUAAGUUCUGUAAAAAUCGAAUUAGAAACUUUUUUGAUCAAAACUUUAAACCUCAAAGAGUUGAAAUGUGGCUUUUCUUUAACUAGUAAUGGUGUACAGUUUAAUGUUUAAAAUGCAGUAGCAUUGUCAUGCGUAGUUAAACGAUUAAACUACUUUACUAAUCAGCGAGGUGGUUUUGUCAUUGUUUGAAAUCAUUUUGCUUUUCAGUAACAAAACAAUUAUAUCAAUUAAGAAGCGGUGUAAUGCAAUGAAAUACUACAUUACUACAUUUCUCCUGAAAAUAUUUUAGCAAUUCUCAGUAACAGUCCUUUUCUCCCUGUUAAAUCAGAUGCUUUCAGUUUAGCUAUAAGCAAAAAUGUUUCUAUUAAAUAACUAGUUGUCCAUCUUGCUAAUAUAUUUGGGGUCGUUUACUAAUCUCUAUAGUGAAUUCAGAUGUUCUCACAAAUAAGGAUUCAUUUGUAAUCUACAUACAGAGCGCAUUUAAGGUAUUGUGGACCAUCCCUGUACACCACUGUCUUAGGGCACGUGGUAAAGUCCAAAAGCUACAGCAUGUCCAUUUUAGUGAAUUAGUUAAACAAACUGAGGUAUAUUUUAUGAUUGUGUAAAGUUUUGGACCAACAGGCGAGGUCAGAGUUUCCUCCCUGUAGGUACACAUUUUAGACUCUGGACACGAAGACCCUACCCAUAAUCCUCCAGUAGACCCACCUACUCAGGUGAAUAUAAAGUCCAGACAGAACAGCUCAUAGGCAUCAAAUCUCAGCACAGGAGCAUCCUGAACAUCUCCACACACUGAGGCAACAUGGACACAAGAGCCUCCCUCUCCAUUCUGCUGCUGCUUUUUGGCGUCACCCAGGCGUCUCCACUCAUGGAGCAGAUGUUUGAUGGUGUGUUUGUAUCAGAGCCGGAACCUGUGGACAUCACUACAAGGAUUUUAGAAACCAACAAUGGAUCUUCUGAAAUCUUGCUUGAAGGAGAUCUGGUGUUUCCCAAAACCAGAAACGCUCUCUACUGCCUCAAAAACAACUGUUUCUGGAAGAAAAACUCUAACAACAUAGUGGAGAUCCCUUACAUAGUGAGCAGUGAAUUCUCCAAUUUUGACAAAUCAGUGAUUGCGAACGCCAUGUCGGUCUUUCACGCCAAAACCUGCAUCCGCUUUGUGGCCAAAUCAUCUCAGACCGACUACAUCAGUAUUGAGAACAAAGAUGGGUGCUUCUCUGCUCUAGGUAGAACUGGUGGCAAACAGGUGGUCUCCCUCAAAAGGGACGGCUGUAUGUACAAUGGCAUCGUACAACAUGAGCUCAAUCAUGCCCUGGGAUUCUACCACGAGCAAACCAGGAGCGAUCGUGACCAGUAUGUGAAAAUCAACUUUGAGAACAUCUCUCCUGAUAUGGCCUACAACUUCGAGAAACAGAACACCAACAACCAAAACACUCCAUACGACUACAGCUCCAUCAUGCACUAUGGAAGAACUGCCUUCUCCACUCGGCCCUGGCUGGAAACCAUCACUCCCAUUCCCGAUGAGACUGUGGAAAUCGGACAGAGGCAGGGAUUGUCAAAAAUUGACGUUCUGAGGAUCAAGAAGCUGUAUGGAUGCUGAAGAUGAGGCUUGCACACAUAAUUGAAUAUAGUUCAUGUGUCUGUAGAUGAAUAAUUUAAUGAGAUUAUGUUUCUGUCUUUUAAUGGUGUUGGAUUUCUGAAAUGUGUGAUUGUGUUGGGUUGGGAAAAAUAAAGCUACACUGCAAGACAAACUCAUACUUUAUUUGUGAUUCAAUGUCAAGUUU